ACAAGUAUCCGUGGCGGUGGGUAUCGCCCCUGCUUGGCAGUUUAUCUGUAUUCGCUUAGGUAAUUUCCAGGUCCUUUAUAUACGUUAACUCUUUGGUCAUUUGGUCUGCAUUGACCAGGAUGCAUGCGCGUAGGAGUUGCGGGGUUGGUGGUAGUAUGCAGUUGAAGAUGGGUGUUGUUGAACCUCGGCAAAUAAUAGAGCAGGCGCCGUGACUGCGUAACUGCCGCCUCUACAACCACACCAGUUGGCCUCAUGGCUUGUUCUCUGCAACAUCAAAACAUACGCACGCCUCGCCCAGGCUGCUCUGCUCGAUAAUGCCGCCCAAGACGACGUCGUUUGCCGACGCAGCGCGCGUGACGCCCAUCGUAGGAACAGACAACCAGUUCGAGGCGACCGUGCCGUGGGACUGGUGCGGCCAGCUACACGCCCACGGCGGCUUCACCGUCAGCCUGAUCUUCGCUACGACGCGCUCGUACUUCCUAGCCAAAUACCCAUCAACACCGCAACCCGACCCGAUCAACAGCCAAGUGCACUUUGUCCAGCCCGCGCCCCGCGGCCGCGUCGUCCUCACCGUGACCGAGCUCAGCCAUGCGCGGCGAUACUCGACCGUCGAGGUGAAACUGCACGAUCCGCAGGGCAAGCUAUGCACGGCUGCCACCGUGAUCCAGGGUAACCUGGCCACCGAGAAGGGCCCUUCGAUCGCCGUGCCGCCGACGUCGCUGUCGCGCGACGAGCUGCCGCACCGUGAGCGCGACUGCGACCAAUUCGUGCACCCCCCGCUGAUCACCAAGAUUAUGCCCGUCUCGACCAAGAUGGGCGUGCUCAGAAGGAAAGGCGCUGAGACGCAGUUUCUCAGCCGCAGUGGCAAGCUGAACGUGAAGGAAAUGUGGAUGAGGUGGAACGAUCCGAACCAGAAACUGGAUGUGAUCAGUCUGGGGAGUGUGUGCGAUACUCUCCUCCCUGCCCCCCUCAACUUCGAUCCCACCAUGGCCGACGCGAGCAAGUACCUCUUCCCGACUCUGUGCAUGUCGGUGGAGGUCAAAAAGGACCCCGGCAACGCUGAGUGGCUUUUUCUCGAGGUCAUAACCCACAAGAUUCAUAACGGCCGAUUUGACAGCGAUGUGCGUGUGCUCGACGAAAACGGCGAUCUGGUCGCCUUGAGCAAGCAUGUUUCUGCCAUUGCUGAUGUCAAGCGAACAAAGACGACUAAGAUAACUAUCGGGGAGGAAUUUUCCAAGUUGUAGCAAGACUCAUUCUACGCCGUAAACCAUGAGUCGUCUGUAGACUACGGCGAAACGUGCAUCGUAGGAGAAUGUGUAUAUAGAGUUACUAGUCUCUGGUCUAGUUGGGUCUGGCUGCGGCUAACAAUUAUCAUAGCGAGAUUCCUAGCAAUUAUCAUAGCGAGAUUCCUACCUUGGUCAUACAAUAUAUAUAAUAUUAUUUACAUGUAAAAAGGGCGUGGUAAUACUAUAUUACAUAUUUG